UAUGCAAGAAUGAUUUUUUCCCCCACGAGGAAAGGCAGGAAUCACCCUCCCUAAGGAGAAAAAUGAAAGUAAAAUGUUAUGGAGAGGGUUAUACAUUUACUAGUGAGACAAAUGAGGGUUUAUCACAGAACAUUUUGUAAUUUCUAUAGCUUUGUUUGCACAUGUUCAUAUGUUUCUGUUCCUCAGAGCACACAUAUACUUGGUAUAUAUGUAAAUUAGACAUAGCAUGUUUUUCCCCAUUUACUUCUUACGUUUUAUGCAUUUUAAUCUGGUAGGACUUCAAAAGCAAAUGUUUCUUAAAUUGAUAGUGACAUAUGUGGUUCUAAAUAGAAGGGGUGUUACUACUCCUUACAGUUUUUUUGUUAAGUAUUUGGGCAACUCUCCAAUAUUUGGGUAGUUUUUACUGGGUAUUUAAAUUUCAAGUUGUUUUUUUGUUUUUUUUUAAAUCUCAGGAGCCUGUUAAACUUUGAGCGGACCCAGAGCAGUAAAAUAAGAAUGAAAAUAAUCUCUUAUGCCACAAAUUGACUUCCCUCUUUGUAGCCUUAGACACUGUUUCCAGCUGCUUUCAGUCUGUUAAAUCCUUGAAAGCUUUCCUAAUCCUCAUGUAGGCUGUCUUUCUGUUUACCCCCCUCCCCUUUCUGCUGAUUGGUGAGGCUAUUUCAUGGCCUAAUUCAGCCAACUACUACGUAUCUGAGCCGUGAUUUGAAAUAAGAGCAAGGCAGACAGUUGCCUCCCUACUCCUGACUUUUAAUAGGCUAGAGGAAAGGUUGCGAAACUUGACAUUGUCUUAGGAAGAGUCCCGACAGCAAAAGAUAAAGGAAAAUGAGAGAGAGAGAAACUUAGCAGCUUGUUUAUACGGAGACUGCUGAUGGAUUUUUGUUUUUACUUUGAAAUUACACUGUAAAUUUGAAUUCAGAUUGUUUCCUGCUGGAUGGAUAAUGGAAUUCUAAACAUGAGGCAGAUAGCCGAUCAGCUUCCCUGGAUUUCGCUGACGACACAGGAAAGCUUUGCCUGAAGAUGGAAACACUGGAGUCGGAAUUGACCUGCCCUAUCUGUCUGGAGCUGUUUGAGGACCCACUGCUGCUGCCUUGUGCUCACAGCCUCUGUUUCAACUGUGCGCAUCGCAUAUUGGUCUCCCACUGUGCCACCAACGAAUCAGUGGAAUCCAUCACUGCCUUCCAGUGCCCUACUUGUCGUUAUGUCAUCACUCUCAAUCAACGUGGUCUAGACGGACUGAAGCGCAACGUCACCCUGCAGAAUAUUAUCGACAGGUUUCAGAAAGCGUCAGUGAGUGGGCCCAAUUCUCCUAGCGAAACCCGCCGAGAGCGGGCAUUUGAUAGCAACAGCAUGUCAUCCAGUGAAAAAGUUCUCUGCCAGUUCUGUGACCAGGACCCUGCCCAGGAAGCAGUGAAGACCUGUGUCACUUGCGAGGUGUCCUACUGCGAGGAGUGCCUGAAAGCGACUCACCCGAACAAGAAGCCAUUCACGGGCCACCGUUUGAUAGAGCCUAUUCCAGACUCUCACAUCCGAGGAUUAAUGUGUCUGGAGCAUGAGGACGAGAAAGUUAACAUGUACUGCGUGACUGAUGACCAGUUAAUCUGUGCCUUGUGUAAACUGGUUGGACGGCAUCGUGAUCAUCAGGUGGCAGCUUUGAGUGAGCGCUAUGACAAAUUAAAGGGGGGAAUGGUGGAGCAGCACUCCAGAAGUUCAGAUGCUUUCCCAAACCUCUCGUCUAAAAACUGGACUAAAAGUCUCAUGCAAACAGGAUGUCAUGAGAUUUCUGUUUCUGGCUGGCAAAAUUUGGAGAAUAACCUCACGAACCUUAUUAAGAGGAAUACUGAACUGGAAACUCUCUUGGCUAAACUCAUUCAAACCUGCCAACAUGUGGAAGUGAAUGCAUCGCGACAAGAAACCAAGCUGACAGAGGAAUGUGACCUGCUCAUUGAAAUAAUCCAACAGAGACGACAAAUUAUUGGAACCAAAAUAAAGGAAGGGAAGGUGGUGAGACUGAGAAAACUGGCUCAGCAGAUUGCAAACUGCAAACAGUGCAUUGAACGCUCUACAUCUCUCAUCUCUCAGGCCGAACAGUCUCUGAAGGAGAAUGAUCAUGCACGCUUCUUGCAGACGGCUAAAAAUAUCACUGAGAGGGUCUCCAUGGCUACUGCAUCCUCUCAAGUGUUAAUCCCUGAAAUUAAUCUCAAUGAUACUUUCGAUACUUUUGCGCUUGAUUUUACCAGGGAGAAAAAAUUGCUGGAAUGCCUCGAUUAUCUUACAGCUCCUAACCCGCCAACCAUUAGAGAAGAGCUCUGUACAGCUUCUUACGACACAAUCACUGUCCACUGGACCUCAGAUGAUGAGUUCAGUGUGGUCUCAUAUGAGCUGCAAUAUACCAUCUUUACUGGACAAGCUAAUGUAGUUAGUUUAUGUAACUCAGCCGACAGUUGGAUGAUUGUUCCAAAUAUCAAACAAAACCACUACACAGUGCAUGGGUUACAGAGUGGCACUAAGUACAUCUUCAUUGUCAAGGCCAUUAAUCAGGCGGGCAGCCGAAACAGUGAGCCAGGCAAGCUGAAGACAAACAGCCAGCCAUUUAAACUGGACCCCAAGUCUGCCCACAGAAAGUUGAAGGUGUCCCAUGAUAACCUGACAGUGGAGCGUGAUGAAACUUCUUCCAAAAAGAGCCACACACCCGAGCGAUUCACCAGCCAAGGGAGCUAUGGAAUAGCUGGAAAUGUGUUUAUCGACAGUGGACGGCAUUACUGGGAAGUGGUUAUAAGUGGGAGUACAUGGUAUGCAAUUGGUAUUUCUUACAAGACCGCGCCAAAACAUGAGUGGAUCGGAAAGAAUUCUGCCUCUUGGGUGCUUUGCCGUUGUAAUAAUGCCUGGGUGGUGAGACAUAACAGCAAAGAAAUUCCUAUCGAGCCUGCUCCUCACCUCCGUCGUGUUGGGAUUUUGCUGGACUACGACAACGGUUCCCUUGCCUUUUAUGAUGCUUUGAACUCUCUACACCUUUACACUUUUGACAUAACCUUUGCACAGCCUGUGUGCCCCACAUUCACUGUGUGGAAUAAAUGUUUGACAAUUAUAACAGGCCUGCCUAUCCCAGAUCACUUAGACUGCACUGAGCAGCUUCCGUGACUGCUAAAAGCAAAGGGAUAUAAUGUCAGUUUUCCAGUGGACUGCAAAAAUACUGCCCACAGGAGCUAUUUGAAUAUGUGGCGUACAAAACAUCCCUGAUGAUUCCAGCCAGAACUGAAAGUGGGUAUCUCUCUUUGCUGUGUAUUUUGCAUUAAAGGGCAAGAAAUGGCUUUAAUAAUUUCUCAGAACUAUUUUGUAUUUAGUCUCUUACAGGAAGAUUUAUAAAUUAUUUAUAUAAAGAACUCCCCAAUUUGGCUAUUUGGAUUACAAUUCAUUGCUUUUGCACAUUAAGGGCCCCAUUCACUAAAGCCUUUUCUACAGUUUUAUUUUACAAGGGACAACUAGCAGGAAUUUUGUUUCCUGGAAACUGUGCAGCGGACACAUUGAUAUACUGUUGAUCUUACAUUAAACUCCAAUCUUAUUGUGUGCAACAUCUCUCUACUUCCGUUUUGCACACCAGAAUGUGCAUACCAAAAAAAUGAAAUAAAAUAAACAAGGGAGGAAAUGGAGUUAUCCAGUACAACAAAAGAAGAAGGCUUUCUUUACUUCUGUUCACUAAUAGGUCUGCAUGUAAAACUUAUUCAUGAAGAAACAUAUGGAAUCCCUUCUAGAAAUGUCAAUGGAUAAAUCAUCCAGUGAUUCCCAUCUAUCGGUGCUUCACUUUUGUCUCUGGGAAGUUCAGUAAGAUCACUGAGGAUUUGUAAGACUGAUAUCAUCUCAGAAAAUCAGCAACAUUGGAGCAGCGCAACCAAUCCAAGGUCUGACUAUAUCCUGAUUUGAUGAAAUGAUGUGUCAUUUAAGGUUCCAUUAUAAUUGGAGAUGGCUUAGUUCUGACGGUCGAGGUGUGGGUGUAUAUCACUGAUUUUACAGGUACACCACAACAAUCCAAGCCCAUACAUCUGAAAUGAGAGAUGGACUACUUACAACUGAUUUUAAACUAAAUGCAAGAGUUUCAGUGCAUC